UACUCUUCUAACUUGCUCUAACAUCUAAGCCCGUACUUCUUCUAAGCCCGCACUUAUUUCCAGCCCAUUGUUCUUCCAAGCCUGUUGCAUAAGCCUGUUCCAAGCCCGCACUUCUUCCAAGCCCGUACUUCCUCAACGACCAUCCCUCUGAAUGCUCUAUCGCCGGCUCACGUUGAUAACCAAGUAUGUGUAUACAAGAAGUUAGAAUGGCUUGGAGUUAUGAGAACAUUGACAGCCUCAAGCUCGUAUGACAGACGCCCGCUGGAGGAGGGGGGAAGAUGUUCCAGGUUCCACAGUAAGUACGAAUAGCCAUUGAGGCUGUCGUAACCGCCUGGCGUACACAACACUCAGGAGUCCGGUCUUUCAAACCGAGUGAUACAAGGUGACUGGCUGAGUACCUAUCCCCACAUCUAUGAUAGGUAUCGCGAGCUCCCGCGCACCGUACUCGGCAGCGCUGAUCUAUGUACUAUUGUACAAGCCUGUGGACUGGGCAUACGCCGAGUGCGUGAGUCCUAUGAUCUCCUAUCCAGUCAGCAAAACCCGUGAACCAGAGCUCAUGCACCCAUGCACCCACGCACCCCCCCAGACUCCCAGAGCCAGAAUUAACUACUACCUAGGUAUACUACCUAUACGAACGGCGAGCCAGUAUCGGCCCGCCGUCCAAGUCCGUUUCCGAAUGUUUAUCUCGCACUUCAUCUUCCGUCCUCUUCCCUCCCGAUCUCCCAAGCCCCCCCCCAUAGGUAUGUGGAGUACCUAGCUAGAUAGCCAGUGGGAU